GCAGACAGCAGGAGGCGCAGAAUGGAAGGAGGAGAGACAGACUACCAUCAUCCAGCCUGAGCUCUGAGAGCUCUUCUCCCUCCCCUAAAAGGUCCAGGAGGGCCCGUUCGGGGCGGCGCCAACGCCGCUCCCCUUCCCCGGGCUCGGCAGAUUCCAGGUCCCCUAGAUGGGGCUCACCUUACCUCCAGGGUGCUAGCUUCUUUCCACCAGAUCCAAGGUUUCCAUAUCCAUAUUAUGGACAGGGUUUUCCUCCGUGUCCUUUUGCUCCACCUGGGUUCGAUGGUUAUUAUCCCCCGCCCAGGUUCGAGGGCUAUUAUCCUUAUGGCCCGCAGGGCCGGCAUCUUCUGCCCUCGGGUUCGCUGCGUGGCCACGCCCACGCAGCGUCAGAGUCAAGUGGGCAACUGGAGACACGCCCCCAGGGCGCAUCCCUGAAUUUGAGGCCUGCGCCUGAAUCCGAGAGGGCCAGCGCAUCCAUAGUGCGCGCGGGCCCCUCAGCAGCUUCUGCCCUCCCAACUCUCCCUCAGAGAGAGCUUCCUUCCACUCCAGCGCUGCCUCAACAUGCAGAGCCUUUAGACUCCAGCCGAGGGGAAGGGCCUGGAGACGGGGAUGGCAAAUUACAGGAGGAGCCAGCUCCGGUAAUGGACCCCCACGAUAACAUAUCCUCGGCUGAGGAUAUAAAAAGUUUUUCGGCUUUACUGAUAAGACUCUCCAGAGCCCUGAACCUCCCUACACCAAAACCAGCCAAGAUUGUAGAGGACCCAGUGUUUCCAUCGUCCAAACAACAAGGCCCACUUACUACCUCCCUACCCUAUCUCCCAUAUUUGGUAGAGUUAGUCAAAAAUGAAGGAGUAUCACCAGCCUCAUUGCCUGCCACCCCAAGGAGGGCGGAGUAUCUAUAUAAGAUAGACCUUUCAGGAGCCUCCUGGCUGGCAAAACAACCCAAGCUAAACUCUCGGGUGGUUAAUGUAACUCAACCAAAAACAGUGCAGAGGUCCCAACCUGCCCCCACAGACAAGGAAGGAAAGAAACUAGACAGCAUGGGGGGAAAAUUCUAUUCUGCAGCCUGCCUUUUUGCCCGCAUUGCACAUUAUGGGGCCUAUAUGGGGGCAUAUCAAUGUUACCUUUGGGACAAGAUGGCCCCAUAUAUUGAUAGCCUUCCCCAGGGAGAUCAAGCCCUAGCUAGGGCCUUCUAUCAAGAAGCAUCUCUUCUUUCGGACCUUCAGAAAGAAUUAGCCAAAAACACCAUAGACGCAUCAGGCAAGCUUCUGGCAGGGGCAAUAUCUCUAAGGCGUCAUGCCUGGCUUAGGGCAGCCAACCUAUCUCAGUCGGCUAAAUCAGUGAUUGAGGACCUUCCCCUAGACGAAGCAGGGCUUUUCAAUCCUGAGACAGACGCUGAAAUUAAAGACACCCAUGAGGUGACUCAAGCUGGCAACAAGUACGGCGUUCAGCCGUCGUAUUACUACUACCAGAGGCGUCGAUGGGGUCAGUUCUACCGCUCGAGGAGGUCCAGCCCUCCUUCCGCAAGAGGGAGACAGAAACCCUUUUUUCGUCCUCAGGGAGGCAAGAGAUUGUCAUUUCCCUAUAAGCCCCAGCAACGGGGAGGAGGGAGAUCAGGUGAGAGACAGAAACGUCGAUUCUAACGGGCACACUGACAACCCCGUCCCACCGUUACCUCCAAGUUUAGACUCCCGCAACUGCCGCAACUACACUUCACCUGCCCCGAGUUUUGUUGCUUUGGCAGACACGUUUACUCCAGUGUUCAGUUCAAAUGAGUUUCCCCAGUUCAAGGAUAGGUUAGCUCCUUACCUAGGAGCGUGGAAAGAAAUAACAUCAGACUCUUGGGUUCUCGGCAUAGUCAGGAGGGGCUAUGCCAUUGAAUUUAAAUCCCAUCCCCCGCACAGGAAUCCCGCGCCCGACAACUCCCUCUGAGUACCUUCGGGAGGAAAUAGGGACGUUGUUAGCUAAAGGAGCUAUUUCUAGGGUGUCAUACAGAAAGACCAGGAGUUGCUUUUUUUCUAGAUAUUUUCUAAUUUGCAAGAGAGGUGGGGGCAUGCGCCCCAUCCUCGAUCUUAGAGCUGUCAACCGACACAUAAGGACUCGCAGGUUCAGGAUGGUGACCCUUGCAUCCAUUCUCCCCUUCCUGCGAAAAGGGGCGUGGUUUGCAACGAUUGAUUUACGCGACGCCUAUUUCCAUGUAUUGGUGCGGCGCUCGCACCUGAAGUUUUUGAGCUUUAUGGUGGGAAAUACGGCUUUUUCUUUCAACGUGCUUCCAUUCGGCCUGGCCACAGCACCUAGGGUGUUUACGAAAUGCAUGUCCGUAGUGGCUGCAUACCUCAGGCAAAGAGGCAUAAUGAUUUUUCCGUACAUUGACGACUGGCUUCUCGUCAGUGACUUUAGGGCCCAACUUCAAUCUGAUGUCGGGCCGGGCUGUGGCGCAGCUGUUGAGCAGCUGCCUUAAAUCACUCUGACCAUGAGGUCAUGAGUUCGAGGCCAGCCCGUGGCGGGGUGAGCACCCGUCAAUUAAAAAUUAAAAAAAAUAGCCCCUGCUCGUUGCUGACCUAGCAACCCGAAAGAUAGUUGCAUCUAUCAAGCAGGAGAUAAGGUACCACUUAUAAGUGGGGAGGCAAGAUUAACUAAUUUACGACCUGGAAUGAGGAAGUGCCGUCAGUGUGGAUGAUGAAGCAGCUGCUCCCCCCUGUGGCCAGAAUCGAACAUCCCCUCAGAAGAACGUUAACUUGCCUCUGCGUGUGUCUCUCAGUCUCUGUUUGAUGUGUUUAUGGGCAUUGAAUGUUUGCCCUAUGUGUGUUAUAAUGUGAUCCGCCCUGAGUCCCCUUCGGGGUGAGAAGGGCGGAAUAUAAAUACUGUAAAUAAAUAAAUAAAUAAAUAAAUAAAUGUCUCCUUCACCCUCUCCCUCCUACAGACGCUUGGCUUGGUAGUCAACGAAGAAAAAUCGCACCUGGCCCCAACACAGAAAAUCGUCUUUAUUGGGGCUGCCAUAGAUUCUAUCGCCGAGAGGGCAUAUCUGCCGGAGGACCGUUUUCGAGCCAUCCGGGCGGCUGUUACCAAGCUGUGUGUAGACAGAGGGACCUCGGCGUGGGGUAUCCAGUCUAUUCUUGGCCAUAUGGCCUCCACUACGUCCCUGGUAGAACUGGCGAGACUAAGAAUGCGGCCUCUUCAGAGGUGGUUCUUGGACUCCUUCAACCCACUCGUCGACAACCAACGAGUUCAUCUGCGUCCCCCACUCAAGGUCCUCACGUCAUUAAAGUGGUGGACAAAGAGACACAAUCUGUGUGCGGGCCUUCCCUUCCACCUCCCGGAACCGACUCGCGAGUUAACAACAGACGCAUCUUUAUACGGCUGGGGAGCGCAUCUCGAGGGCCUCACGGUCAACGGAAGAUGGUCCGGAUGUCAACGUGCCCUCCAUAUCAACCUGCUCGAGCUACUUGCCGUGGAGAAAACUCUUCAUGCGUUCAGACGACUACUCAGGGGAAGGACAAUUCGGAUAAUAACCGACAACACCACGGUAAAAUAUUAUUUGUCCAAACAAGGCAGAACACACUCGAAGGCUCUUCUGUCCCUCUCAGUGUGAAUUUGGGACUGGUGUGUACACAACCAGAUAAGACUUCAGGCCAUCCACCUGCUGGGAAAAGACAAUUCAUUGGCGGAUGCGCUGAGCAGGACCUCCUCAACCACUCACAAAUGGCAACUGAAUGUCACACAGUUCCGGCUCCUGGCCCGGCACUGGGGUUGGCCGGCAAUAGAUCUGUUUGCAUCACCCAGGAACACCCAGUGCCCUGUCUUCUGCGCUCGCCUUCGCCCCCACGCCACCCAGGGGUGUCUGGGGGACGCGUUUCGCUACACGUGGUCAGGAGACCUGCUAUACGCAUUUCCGCCACUCCCGCUGAUUGGCAGGACAGUUACGAAAGUGAUCCGAGACAACUCGGAUUGCAUACUUGUGAACCCAUGGUGGCCUCGUCAAGCGUGGUUUGCGCCACUGUGGCGGGCGGCCAAAGGGGAAUACCUCCGACUCAGACCCUCGCCGGAUCUCCUGACGAUUCACCACGGUCAAGUCACUCACCCGGACUCAGACACACUACGCCUCACGGGGUGGAGGGUCAGACCUCGCGAGGUCUCUCCUCCCCUGUGAGAGCCAUCCUUCAGGUGGCUCAGAAAUCAUCGACAAAGAAGGCAUACAAGUAUAAAUGGGAGAUGUUUACGAAAUUUGUGGAGCCCAUGGGUCUGGACCCUGUCUCGGCCCCCACGCCUGUGGUCCUAGACUUCCUGGUCCAUCUCGCUAGGACGGGCCUCUCCUUAACAUCCUUGAAAUGUUAUGUAGCUGCCCUAUCUUGGUAUAGGAAGGGGCCUUCGGGACAAUCAUGUUUCCAGGAUCCUUUGGUAAAGCUCUUUUUUAAAGGAUUCAAGAACUUGCAUCCCCCAGUAACACCGCCGCCACCUGCCUGGAGUUUGGAACUGGUGCUUUCCCAACUUUCAAAACCUCCUUUUGAGCCAAUGGCUUCCAAUGAUAUUUCUCAUCUCUCCUGGAAGACGGCUUUCCUGGUAGCCGUUACCUCAGCGAGGCGGGCCAGCGAGCUCUGUGCCCUCAGGGCAGAUCCACCAUACUUACGUUUCCACACUGACAAAGUGGUGUUGAGGACGGAUAUCACCUUCUUGCCAAAGGUAGUAUCCAAAUUCCAUAUGUGUCAAGACAUAUCACUGCCGGCAUUUUUUCAAAACCCUGCCUCACCUUUGGAGAUUAUGCUGCACUCCUUGGACGUCAGAAGAGCUCUGGCCUAUUACGUCCAGCGAACAGCAGAAUAUAGAAAGUCUCCACGACUAUUCCUGAAGUACCGGACGGACAAGCUGGGUACCCCGGUCUCCUCACAAAGAUUAGCGUCCUGGAUAGUGUCAACGAUCCGCCUGGCGUACAGGCUUGCAGACCAAGAUCCUCCACAGCGAAUAACAGCUCACUCAACAAGAGCCAUGGCUGCAUCCCAAGCGUUCCUCAAGGGAGUACCAUUGGAAGACAUUUGCAAAGCGGCAACGUGGUCUUCCUCACUCACCUUCGCCUCACACUACAAGCUCGACAUCAUGGCAAAGAAGGACGCAGCGUUUGGGAGAGCGGUCCUCUUCUCAUGCGUGGCAUGACCCUCCUCCAUCGCAUUGUAUUGGGAAUGUUCACAUGACCUGGAGCAGCCAUGUUUGACAUCAGAAGAAGUCACAGUGCAGUCCUGAGGCCAAAUGCAGAAUUCUAGAUCUCCCAUUUACUGGUCAAUUUUUUAUUUUUAUUCUUAAAUUGUUUGGUUGAUUUAUUGCUUCUCUUAGAAGCCUCCGGGAACAGUGUUUCUUCUUUUAAAUAGAUAAUAGGGCCUCUGUACACUAUUUACUCUCCAAAUUCUUUCAAAACAAGCCUCCACUUCCCACCCCAAAAAUGAAAAUUACAAAUAGUAACAUGACUGCCUACUUUGUAGCAAAACUAUACAUCUUUGUAACCAUUGUGCAAGGGAUAGAAUGACUGCUCCAGACAGAAACUACCGUAAGUAUAUUACAGAUAUAACUUCUUACAUACAAAUAGAAAUGGAAAGAAUAUCUGUUUUUAUUUUUUGCCAGGUUGAAAAAUUGGUUUUCCAACAGUCAAGAAGGAGAAUAGACAAACAAGAAUCUUGCACAUUUUCCCCAUCAUUCAAAUGUUUCAAAUAUUUUGAGGAACUAUUCUGCAUUAAAAAGUCACAUAAAUUUUUUCCACACACAGGGUUUUUUGCACAGAAAAGAGGAUUAUUAUUAUUAUUAUUAUUAUUAUUAUUAUUAUUAUUAUUAUUAUUAU